UGUUCAGAUCCUUCCGUUUCAGCAAUGAUCCUGGAAGCGCGCUUCUGCGUGAUGCAGAAUUGUUGUUUCUGGCUUGAUGAGGCCUUGACAACUUUGUAAUUCACUCUGCUUUUAAAUAAUACACCAGUCAAUAUGUCUCCUGCUCUGGUAGUUGACCAGCCAGAGCCACACCAACAGCUGAAGUCUCUUGCUCGGGCCUUCGAGGCUCUCCUAGUGACUGUCCAAGAACUGAACUGCAAGGAAAAGGCUCUACAAGAGCAGCUGGAAUAUGCUCAUGAUGAGUACUUGAAAUUGGCAACCCAGCUCCCCGGGGGACAGGAUGCCCACACUGUCCUAGUGGCACAGAAAAUAGCCAGUCGCCCGCCGGCCGCCGUCGACCGUAUUGAAUCGCUGUUGAAAUAUGCAGAUGUAAUCAAAUCGCUCGGGAGUUCUGGACAUGUAGGAGAUGAAAUCCUCGAUGCCAUUCAACAGGGCCUGGAAUGUUACAAUUCCAUCAUGCUGGCGAAUGAUGACAACCUGAAUAUCAGUUCAGAAACUGUCGCUGCUCAGGCUAGUGGCUUGGAACGCGAUUUUACAACCAAAGGCGCGACGCAAGGAGAUUUGCGGUGUCCCUUUUCGAAGCCGAAUGUCCAGACUACUGAAAAUGGCGUCUCCAUUGGCGAAGGAAGCGCCGCAAAAUCGGUGCACAGCAAUACCUGCGGUCAUGAAGAUCUGGAUCCUAUCAAAGCCGAAAAGAAUGGUCGACGGCUGAGUCGCGCAGAGGCUUCUGUUCGCUCGUCAUCGUCCCAGUGCCCGAUUUCCCGAUGUCCUAUCCGGUUUUUGGACCAGCAUAGUCCUGAAGAAAUUGCAGAAUACGUCGAGAAACACAAACACGAAAUCCCACGGAGUCAUACAAUUUGCGUCAAGCGCUAUCAGAAAGAUUCUCAAAGCAUGCGGCAAUUGGAUGCGAAAUACGGGAGCCUCAUCAACAUGAUCCGAGGGUUGAGCGAGAAACACCAGGCUUUCCUUCCGAAUGGCAAAUCAAAUGCCACGGGUACUGCUAGCUCUUUAUCAACCGACCGAGUUGGAAAAUGGGCGGAGAGUGUGAGCCUCAAGUCUCCAGAGCUUGAGACGCUCCCUACUGUCGGGGAAGAUGUGGAUGAAGAUCCGGACGAACGAAAGAGUCAUUUCGAUCGUCCCAUGCGAGAGAUUCGUGUGGGCGAAUCUCCAAGUAGACCUUGGGGGAUUCCAGUUCCCUUCUCCAUGGAGACUGCAGAAUCGGCUCCGCAGUCUCCUGUGGCUCAAGUUUCCAAGCCGAUUGAGCAUACACUUCAUAACGACACCCCUCCCCCUCCCUUCCCGCCGAUCCACGACUCUCCUGCACAGGCACCUCAUCCUGGACGGCCAGCUGGUGUCUGCCCAUUCGGUCACGGACGGCCACGGCCACCACAGGAACCUGUGAUUCCAGGGCCGGAGAUCAUGCCAGAUCAUGACACCAAGCCCGGGGUUGCAGAAAGUCCCGGCCAGGAUCAGCCUCAAGUGCCCAAGCCUCCUCUUGAAAACAUAGAGCCGAAGCUACCCAAACCGGCAAACAUUGUGUUCAAUGGUCCGGUUUUCUUUGGGUACUCUGCCGACCAGGCUGCGAUGGUCCUGCGACAAUUGAGUAACGAACAUAAUGCGAAAUGACUUUCAACGACAUCUACUUAAUCCAUUAUUACUGUCUAUUAUUAUUGAGUGUCUUGGGUGGAAUUUUUAUCUAUCUACUCCAACAUAACCUCUCCAACGAUCAGUGUGUUUCUUUAUCGCGUUGUAUACAUUUUUGUACAGGCGG